CAUGAUUGGAGAAGUACAGUAUGGAGGCAGGGUCACCGAUGAUUAUGAUAAGCGUCUUCUUAAUUGCUUUGCAAGGGUCUGGUUCAGUGAGAAGAUGUUUGAGAAUACAUUCUGUUUUUACACUGGUUAUAAAAUACCAGUGUGCAAAACUCUGGAUCAGUAUCAUGAAUAUAUUUCAACUCUCCCAUCAAUGGACAGCCCAGAAGUAUUUGGUCUUCAUCCUAAUGCAGACAUUACGUAUCAAAGUAGCACAGCAUCUGAUGUCCUGAACACCAUUACCAAUAUUCAGCCAAAGGAAAGCGGAGGUGGAGUAGGGGAAACUCGAGAAGCUAUCGUGUAUCGAUUAGCUGAAGAUAUGCUUGAGAAGCUGCCUCCUGAUUACAUAGCACAUGAGGUGAAAGCCCGCUUAAUAAAAAUGGGACAUCUUAAUUCUAUGAAUAUUUUUCUUCGUCAAGAAAUUGACCGAAUGCAAAAGGUUAUCAAAAUAGUUCGAACCAGUCUAAGUGACCUUAAGCUCGCCAUAGAAGGAACUAUUAUUAUGAGUGAGAAUUUAAGAGAUGCGCUUGAUAACAUGUAUGAUGCUCGGAUUCCUAAACUUUGGAAACGUGUAUCUUGGGAUUCUUCCACACUUGGCUUUUGGUUUACUGAACUUCUAGAGAGAAACAAUCAGUUUCGCAUCUGGAUAUUUGAAGGGAGGCCUCCUGUAUUUUGGAUGACUGGAUUCUUUAAUCCUCAGGGUUUCCUAACAGCUAUGAGGCAAGAAGUGACUCGAGCACAUAAAGGAUGGGCUUUGGAUACAGUAACUAUCCACAAUGAAGUGCUGAAACAAGCUAGAGAAGAAAUCACAACAGCCCCUCCUGAAGGGGUAUAUAUUUAUGGAUUGUACUUGGAUGGAGCUGGAUGGGAUAGACGUAAUAAUAAACUCACUGAAUCAACUGCGAAGAUUCUUUUCACUGUGCUUCCUGUUGUGCAUAUAUUUGCGAUUAAUACAACUGGCCCAAGAGACCCUAAACUCUAUGUUUGCCCCAUCUACAAGAAGCCAAGGAGAACCGAUUUGACCUAUAUUACUGCAAUCUACCUAAGGACAACUGUCUCUCCAGAUCACUGGAUACUGAGAGGAGUAGCCCUCCUAUGUGACGUCAAAUAAAGCCUGAUCCUUUGAUUUUGACAAAUACACCAAAACAAGAUGUAUUUAAACUUUAUUAUUAAAGGGGCACACAAAUUGACUUUUUUUCAUUAUUAACUAUUCUCUUCCCCCAGAAAGUCUCAUUUGCUUUAUAAUUUCCAACAAUUCUACCUUGUACAGUUA